AAUCAUACCUUUGGCAUGAAUGGGCUAAUGCAAGAUGGUAGCUUUGAUCUCUGCCUUGGUGUCAGCUGGAAUCCCACGUCCUGCGUGCUGAAUCCCUCUCUCUCUUUAUGUUCCUCUCCAGAAGCCCCUUGUGCCACGCCGCUGAUCUGCAGCUUCGGGAGGCCGGUGGACCUGGAGAAGGACGACUCCCAGAAGGUGGUGUGCAACAACGAGCAGUGCCCCUACAGCACCUGGAUGCACCUGCAGUGUUUCUACGAGUGGGAGAGCAGCAUCCUGGUCCAGUUCAACUGCAUCGGCCGGGCUCGCAGCUGGAACGAGAAGCAGUGCCGCCAGAACAUGUGGACAAAGAAGGGCUAUGACCUGGCCUUCCGCUUCUGUUCCUGCCGCUGUGGACAGGGCCACCUAAAGAAGGACACAGACUGGUACCAGGUGAAGCGGAUGCAGGAUGAGAAAAAGAAGAAGUCUGGGACGGAGAAGAACACAGGCAGGCCCCCCGGUGAGGCGGUGGAGGAGGCAAAAAAGUGCAGGCCACCGAACAAGCCCCAGAAAGGCCUGAACCACGACCUCCCCCGCCGGCAUUCCAUGGACCGGCAGAACUCCCAGGAGAAGGCGGUGGGUGCCGCGGCCUACGGGGCCCGCUCCCCCUGUGCCUCCCCCGGCCAGUCGCCGCCCACCGGCUACUCCAUCCUCUCCCCUGCCCACUUCAGCGGCCCCCGUGCUUCCAGGUACCUUGGGGAAUUCUUAAAGAAUGCCAUCCAUCUGGAGCCGCACAAGAAGGCCAUGGCGGGGGGCCACGUGUUCAGGAACGCCCACUUUGAUUACAGUCCGGCCGGGUUGUCGGUUCACCGCGGGGGCCACUUUGACACACCCGUGCAGUUUCUGCGGCGCCUGGAUCUCUCCGAGCUGCUGGCUCACAUCCCCAGGCAUAAGCUGAACACGUUCCACGUGCGCAUGGAGGACGAUGCCCAGAUGGGCCAGGGCGAGGACCUGCGGAAGUUCAUCCUGGCGGCCCUCAGUGCCAGCCACAGGAACGUCGUGAACUGUGCGCUCUGCCACCGGGCGCUCCCGGUGUUCGAACAGUUCCCCCUGGUGGACGGGACUCUGUUUUUAAGCCCGUCGAGACACGAUGAGAUUGAAUACGAUGUUCCUUGUCACCUUCAAGGGAGACUCAUGCACCUGUACGCGGUGUGCGUGGACUGCCUGGAAGGGGUGCACAAGAUCAUCUGCAUCAAGUGUAAGUCGCGGUGGGACGGCAGCUGGCACCAGCUGGGCACCAUGUACACCUACGACAUCCUGGCCGCCUCUCCGUGCUGUCAGGCCCGCCUGAACUGCAAGCACUGCGGGAAGCCCGUGAUCGACGUGCGCAUCGGGAUGCAGUACUUCUCUGAGUACAGCAACGUCCAGCAGUGUCCGCACUGCGGGAACCUGGACUACCAUUUCGUGAAGCCAUUUUCCUCCUUCAAAGUUCUCGAAGCUUAUUGAUGAAAGCUUUGCUUUAGUAAUAGCUAUUUUAUUGAUAUUAUUACUUUAUUACAUAUCUUUUAUAGGGAAACAUUCUGUGACAUUAAUUUCUUUUCUAAUUUAACAGAGAGCUCCUUUGUGUGUGUGCCACUAAGAUGGGGCUUGCCCUCUCUCGACUCCUGAGUGUUAGUCUGUGGUCAUGACCAGAGCCCAAAUGGGUCACCCUGUGAGUCCGAGUUAGCAGUUCACUGUCACCAAGAGUCUCCCAUGCAGCUUUUAAGGUGAUGGGGAGGAUGGGGUGAAUUUAGGAAGGGAUUAUGUGGUUAUAAACUAAGAGCAUGGUAGGAGCUGGGAGGAAGCUUUUACUAAAGUGUUAACUGUCUAAAGACCCACUCUUAGAUCUUCUCUGGGCCUUGGAAAACCACGUGACACGUGAAUGUAAGUCUGCGCCUGGAGAGCUGACGGUGUUAGUCUGUCCUGGUGUGGCGAUCUGCAGCACACACUGACCUGCAGUUUACCCUCAUGGACAGAUAUUUGAAAGCGGACAUGAGCGCGGUUUCGUCACUGUUGUGAUUUAACAGUCUGUUUUCAUACUGAAAAUAAUAUCCAAAUUAUAAGACAUAUGAAAGCUAUUGGUGUUGCAAAUACUUUUAGUAAAGCUGACCUAGAACGGAGAGAAUAUACUAGAUGAAUAUGAAAGUGAUGACAUUCACUCAAGA